CUCCGCGCCAUGGCCUCGCGCGCCCGCUCGCCGUCCCCGCUGCGCGUGCGGGUGAGCCCCCCGGGCCCGCGCCUGCACCGCAAGCUGGAGCGCUACUUCCAGAGCCGCCGCGAGUCGGGGGGCGGCGAGUGCUCGGUGCGGCCCGACGACGGCGGGGACCCCGGCGUCUAUCUCGUGUGGUUCACCGAGCCGGCGGAUAAAGAGAGUGUACUGAAAAAAGAAAAUCAUCAUCUUACUAUUGAUAAAAAAACUCUGAGAAUUAACCUGGAACCCACUGAAAAUCUAACACAGGAGAAUGUCAGACCCAGAAAGUCUUCAUUGACAAAAUUAGGAUAUGAGCAAAGUUCAGAUGAGAAGCAUCCAGAUUCAGAAUAUCCCCCAGACAAUGCGGUUUCCUGUGUCCAAAAGAUCUUUCAAGAUGUCACAGCCAUCCUGAACUGUGACCUGUUUUCUAAGGAGCAGAGGAGUCUCAUCCCCCUUCUCUUCCCCAAUGUCAAAAGAAUGGAGGGCAGCAAAGGGAUUGAGAAGGUGUGUGGUGACUUCAGAGAUAUCGAAAAUAUAUAUCACUACUUGAGCAGACAGGUCCUGGACCAUGAGCCGAGACGUGGCUCUUCCACCUUACUGGAGGAGAGACAGCUACUCAGCCUACCAAAGGGCAGCAGCAGUGUUACUUCACCGGAGGAGAGGCAACUCCACCAUCCACCAGAGAGCAGCAGCAGUGUUACUCCCUUAAAGCCAGAAUCUGGAAGCGGAACAAAGAGCUUACAUUUUGAAGUUCCCUUGCUUUUCUUUGAAUAUUUCAAAUAUGUCUCUCCCAAUAAAAUAGAUUUCAUAGAGAAAAGAUUUGGUAUAAAAAUUAAAACCCAGGAGAAUUUUCCCAUUUCGGUCUCCUUAGACUUCAUCGCAAGCCAAUCAGAUGACAUUGACCCAGCUCUUGAAUCUUUUGUUGGUGAAUUUCAGAAGAUCACAGCGAGUCUGAGAGAGGAGCGUAUCACUUUGCCAGAUAAUAAGAAGUCACAUAAAAUCAAAGAGAAAUUGGCUCUCCUUUUCGAAAAGCUUCUUAUAAAGGAGAAUGGAGCAGAAUUAAUUCUCAUUGGGACCCAAGAUGACAUCACAGCUGCCAGACAUUUUCUUGCCCCCCUAACCCCUGAUAGUCUUACUAAGGUAUCUCUGAAGAUACUACCUCCUGGGUACAUGGUGAAUGGAAUUGAGGUUGACAGCUCUCAGUACAAGCUUUUGAUAGAUGAAUUACGCCAGGAGAUAUCAGAGAUAGAAAAAAAAUACAACACUCAAAGUUGUGUUCUAGAACAAAGCCAGAGAACUGUCAUUAUAUUUGAACCUAAGGACAAAGAAUUAGAUCUGUCUAUCCAUUCAUAUGUAAAUUUCAUUGAUGCUUAUCAAGAUAUUGCAAGUCAGUUGACAAGAGAAGUUCUUUCACUGAAAUCUUCCGGCAAGAAGAAAAAAUACUUGCAAGGCAAGCAGUUUGCUGAUGAUUUUAGGAGAAAUCAUCCACAUGUACACUUUGUGCCAAAUGAUGAAACCGUGACUUUGAUUGGGUUGCCAAAUCUCCUGGCAAAUGCAAAGCAGUAUGUCUUACAAAGACAGGGAAUCUCUUCAUUAACUGAAAAGAAACGGAGUGGGGAUCAUGAAACAGCUGUGGAUACUGAUAUUUAUACAGACACAGCUCCAACAACAUUUCAGCAUUCUGCCAGUGUUGGGGACAUGGGAGCAGAUGACAAAAAGAAUUCAUGUAGCAUCUGUAUGGAAACAAUUAUUGACAAAAGAGUGCUCCCAAAAUGCAAGCAUGAGUUCUGCACCGACUGUAUCAACAGGGCCAUGUCAUAUAAGCCCAUCUGUCCUCUGUGCCAGACUUCCUACGGUGUCCAGAAAGGGAACCAGCCAGAGGGAACCAUGAACGUGCAUUUCAUGAAGGCCCCACUUCCAGGUUAUGAUCGCUGUGGCACCAUUGUGAUCAGUUAUGACAUGAAAGAAGGCAUACAGACAGAAGAACACCCGAACCCAGGGAAGAGAUACUAUGGAGUACAACGAAGAGCAUACUUACCUGAUAAUGAGGAAGGAAAAGAGGUUUUGAAACUGCUUCAAAGGGCCUUUGAGCAAAAACUGAUUUUCACGGUGGGGACCUCUCGCACAUCAGGAAUCUCAGAUGUUAUCACAUGGAAUGAUAUCCACCAUAAGACAUCCAUUAAUGGGGGACCAGAACGCUAUGGCUAUCCUGAUCCUGAUUAUCUAAAGCGUGUGAAAAAGGAGCUGAAAUAUAAAGGAAUUGAAUAAGAAGUGCUGUAAGAAUGUCUUGAAAGCUUUCAGAAGACAGAGCUGAAGAAGUAGACCAAUUACCAGUCUAAGUCUUAUGUAGAAAGUCCUCUUGAAAAAUUUUAUUUUAAGAAGUAGUUUGUGUUAAAGCAAGAACAUUUCAGGCAGGGGGUGGAAUGCCAUGGAUCUGAAAUGAUUUUCUUUUCUUUUUGUUUUGUUUUGUGCCACAUACAGUGGUAGUCAUGCCUUACUUCUGGCUUUGUGUCAGGAAUCACUACCAGCAAGUCUUGGGGUACCAUUGAGGUGCCUGGGAUUGAACCUGAGUCAGCCAUGUGCAAAGCAGCAUUUUGCCUGCUGUACCAUCUCUCUAGCCCUUGAAAUGAUUUUCUAUGUUCUGUAUUCAACCUGUCAGUUAUUCUUUCUUUUAUUGGCAUAUCUGGUUGGUCCUUUCAUUUUUUUCUUGCUUUUAAAAAUUUACCCUUUAAUCUAUGUCAUAAAUGUAAAGUCCUAGUAUGAAUAAUAGUCUUGGGGAAGUUUUUGAUGGUAGGAAAUCAGGGAACCACAUUUCCCAUGUUCCCCCAUAGCUAGAAAAGUGUCCAGGAGCAGAAUUUGGACAAUAUCUUUUUCAAAAUAAUUUGCUUCCUAAUUUAGGUGGCUGAUAACCCAGCAGAGGUUUAUAUUCUCUGAAAUCUUUGGCAGAGGCAGAAGUGGAGAAGCCAUUUCUGGAAUUUUCAGCACAUAUAUAAAACACUGAAUUUCUCUUGCUCUUGUUUUGGGACCACACCUGGCCAUACUUAAGAAUUACUCCUGGCUCUGUGCUCAGGGAUCAUUCCUGAUGGGCUCAAAGCCAGAAGAGGGGGAGCUGACGUAUGGAGUGUCAGGGAUUGAGCUGCUUGGUCACAUGCAAGGCAGGCGCAUUAGCCUCUGCAAUAUCUCUCCAUUCUCGAAAACUAAAUAUCUGGGUUUUUUUUUAGAAAAUAUUAAAAUUUAUUGGAAAGAAGAAGAGAAACUCCCCAGUUAGUGUGGAGACUCGUAUAAGACUAAGUUUAAAAGGCUGAAUUUCUUCCUCCAGAUCACUGCGCUGCUGAACACUGAAUUCUGAGCUCUGACCAGACUUCUAGCCUCUCCCUUCUUUCCCCCUGAUUCCUGUAAGCUGCAAUAUGGGGUGUGCUUACCUGCACAUUUUUCUUCCUUUAGAUAUUUGAGUUCUGAAUAUGUCACUUCUAAAUUUAAUAGAUAAGUAACCUUACUUUUGUUUUCAGACUGUCAUUUUCUUAGUUUACCCUUUUAGUAAUUUUUUCAUCCUUUUGUAAAGCCCACAAAGGCAUGUUUUUGCCCUUAAAAUCUUUCACCUGAAGGACAGCUUACUUCAUCAGAGGAAUAGCAUACCCGGUAGGGCUCUUGACUUGCACCCAGCUCAUCUGGGUUUUAUCCCUGGCAUCCCAUAUGAUCCUAUGACCACUGGCAGGAGUAAUUCCUGAGUGCAGCACCAGGAAUAACUCUUGAGCAUCGCAAGGUGUGGCCCAAAAAGAAAAAAAGAAGUCUUUUUCCCUAGUUGUCUCUGGAGAAAGAAAAGUCAGGAGUUGAGCCUUCUCUAAGGAAUGCACAACAUGUCAUAGUUUACUUUCAAAUGGGUCUUCAGAUCAGAAUAAAGUGAUAGUAGGAAAUCAUCUGGUUAUGCUUCUAUUUCUCCUAAAAUGAUGUGAUAUCUUUUUUAUCCUGAAAGACAAAUGUAACACCCAUUUACACUUUUUGUCAGAUGAUAAUAGCUAAUGCUUAUUAGUUGUUACUAAUAGCUACUUAUAUACUUAACUUGUCCCCCAACAGCUUUAUAUCUGUAAUUGAUAUGAUUACGAUCUCCAUGUUAUGACAAAACUGAUGCAUAGACUAUGACUCUUGUCAAAAGUCACAUAGUUAUUGUGCAGAAGUGUUAGUCUUUAAUGGAUAAUCUGGUCCCAAGCCUUCUGCACCCCAGAUACUUUACUGACCCUCACAUUUUUAGAGAGCAGGCUAAGGAGUUCCCAUUUGUCUGGGCUUCUCAAAAUAAAUUUCUUCCAAGGAAGCCCUAUUUGGCAAACUUAAAAAUGCAGUCUUAUCCUUUGCCCAAAGAGUGAAAGAAGCAUAUAUAUAUAUAUAUAUAUAUAUAUAUAUGUAUAUAUAUAUAUUCUUUAUUUUUUAUCAGUUUCUAUAUUCCAUUUUUGGUAAUUCAUUACAAUAUUUAUAGUUGUCUUUAACUGUUUUAUACCUGCUGAUCUUUUACGUAACCUUGCUUCACAAAAGUUCAGUUCUAGCUAAACAGCAUCGCUGGUCAUAUGCGUGUUCAUAGGCAAAUUUCACAGAGAGUUUUGGUGGUCACUGAGUUUUUGGACAAUUACUUUUGGUCUGGAGAGGGCAUUAUAUCUUUUUAUGCUUUAAAUGAAGUUCAAACCAUAUUAGGAAUAAAUUGUUUUCUUUCCCCCACUCCUCUGUCCUUUUUUUCUUAGGUUUAAAUUCUAGGUAUAUGGUACAAGACAGUAUGUAACACUGUCACUGUCACUGUCACUGUCAUCCCAUUGCUCAUCGAUUUGUUCGAACGGGCACCAGUAACAUCUCUCAUUGAGAGACUUAUUGUUACUGUUUUUGGCAUAUCCAAUAUGCCACAGGUAGAUUGCCAGGCUCUGCUGUGCGGGCGUGAUACUCUUGGUAGCUUGCUGGGUUCUCCGAGAGGGGCGGAGGAAGUGAAGAUGGGUUGGCCGCGUGAAAGACAAACACCCUACCUACUAUUUUGUGUAUAACUAUUUGCUAAGGACUAUCACAGUAGAACUAUGCUACCAUUGACUUUAUUGUUGCUAUAUACAGUUAUGAAAAUUAUACUUAAUAUUUCUUCUCUUUAACAUAGCAAU